GCCAGGGCCGACAGGACGUGGAAAUGCUUGCCCUAUGGAGCCUCCUGCUGGGGGCUUCGGUGAGCUGCGCCUGCUCCUCCGCCCUUUACGUUGGCGAUGACUGUGCUGUGAAGGACACAAUCCGGUUCGAAAAGCUGCUCUUCGGAUCCAUCAAGUUCACCGCCCACACGCCCUCCAACGGAAGCGUCUUCACGGCCAAGGUGGCCUGCAACAGCGAGCACUGGUACCACGACACCUUCACCGUCACACACAGUUCCGUCACGCUCCACAGGUUCCACGCAUCCGGCGAGGAGAGCGUGACGUACCCUGCUCCCGAGGUGGAUGAAGGCUGGGUCGAGUUCCACAUCAAAUUCGGCAAAACCUACGAACUUGGUGAUGCUCGAGGCAGCUCAUGGAUCCCUGAAGGCUUUGGUUUGAAGUGCGACGUCGGAAGCAUCGACGUAAGCGAAGGGACGUUCAUGGCCUCCUGCCCUCAGGGAACCCCCAAGUGGGAGGUCGAGGGCGAGAGGUGCGCCCGCGUCCCCGUGCCUGCCUCUGAGGACAAGCGGAAGCUGGACUUGUCGCUGGCGUCGAGGUACUUCUUCAGUCCUGUGUUCCUCCUCGAGGAGGCACAGGUCCAGCUAGGGACGAGUGGAGGAGGAUCUGUGACGGCCUCUGGGGCCAGGUUAUCUCCGCUCCCGCCGUCGACACAGCGGGUUGUGCUCUCCUUUGUGCCUGACGGAGGCAAGGUGUCUGUCAAGGUGUUGAUGGCAGGUGAUAUGUUGCAUAUGCUGACCUUGAGGAAAGACCCACGAGAAGUGAAGGUGUGUGGAAGGAAAUCGACGAAAUUUAUGCUGGUGCUGAACUUAGAGACUAAGCGAACGAAGAAAGAACUUGGAGGUCCUACUUUCAAGACAAAACUGAUGAUGGAGUAUGUUAUUGGCGGAAUGGGGGCGCUGAUAGUGAUGCUGGUUGCCUGCUUGGCGGUCUCUCUUUUUCGUCGAUCACAUGCUAACCAGGCCCGCAGAGGAUCUUGCGCCCGCCGCCGCCCAGCCUCGAGGGGCCCGCCUGAGGACCCCCACAAGCCUGCCGCUCAGCACCCCGCACGCCCCAACUCAGCUUACCUAGAGCCCCGGGCGGGCGUCCCGUGGGCGUUUCCAGCAGGGCCGAGGAUCAGCUCGAGUCCUGAACACGUUUACGAAGAGGUGGACGAUGGCGCCGGAAUUUCGUCGAAGGCUUCCUCCUCCUGCAGCCAUGAUUUUGAGGGUCUGUUGAGCAACAGUGUUGUUACCUACGUUAAUGCUGUGAAGUGAGAUUGCUU